AUGGCCGCCGCAAACAGAGACAACCUUUCUCAACCCCACAACGCCGCCAUGCUAAAUAACAUCGCCGAUUCCCAGAUCCCAGACCUCAACCUGGAAUUCUCUCUCGGCGGGAUUUACUCCGAGAAUUCCAACCAAAGCCCUCUGGACCGGUUCUCCACGGAGGCCAAAGUCUUGAGGCUUCAAGAACCCCAAACGACCCCGCAGAUGGCUGCUGCUCCAGUUCGUUCCAUACGGCGUCCGAGGGCAAGGUCUCUCCCAAAAGAACCUAGGCUCAGGCGGCCGAUCAGGCCCAAGGACGUUCUAGCCUCGAGAAGGCGGGAGACCAAACAGAAGAUAGCUCAGAGGCAGAUGAGCCAGCAACUAGCUGCUUUGCCGGAGGUGGCUAGGGCUGUAGCAGCUCCGGCAGCUCCAACAGCUCUUGCGGUGUGUAGUGCGUCUCGUGCUUCUAUCGGUGCCGGGGCCUCGGAUACAGUCUAUCAUUACAAGGAGGAGGGAUAUUUCACUGUGUCUCGUGCUGCAGAGGGUGCGAUAAGUGUUCAGACGUUGCAUUCCCAAAGGGAUGUUACACCGAUAGCCUCCUCUGCAACAGCGACCACUACAAAACAGGCUGUCCCUUCACAAAGUACACCUGAAAAUCCCUCAAAGAGGGUCAAACAUUCCAGUGGAAGUGUUCCCCAGAAUGAUGGGGACGAAAUGGUUUCAGUGAGAACCACCGGAGAAGGGGGAAGACAGAUAGAAGGAAUUCUUUAUGCUCGCAAUGGCCAGGUCCAGAUUCUGUGCGUUUGCCAUGGCAUCUACCACUCACCUGCCGAAUUCAUUAAGCAUGGCGGUGGAAAGGAAGUGGCGAAUCCUUUGAAACAUAUAAUCGUCCGCCCUUCUUCUGAUUAG